AUGCUCGGAAUCUUGAAAUUCCAGACUUUCCUCCUCGUCGUCCUGCUGUUCAUCUGCACCUGCACAUAUAUCCACGGCGUUUUCCCGGCAUGGCUUGAUCGCAACAAGACUGGUCCUCUUGGCACAUUCUGGCGCGCGGCACGGAUAGGCGAGCGAUUGAGUCCAUACGUCAGCUUAUGUUGUGCUGCUAUGGCGGUCAGCAUCUUGAUGGGAGGCUGA